CAACGUUGUUGAUAGACUUGUUUCUGCCAUCUGACGUCUCUUGUACUGAAAUUUUUCGGAGGAGCCUCGGUAUUCAAAAAUUUGCUGAAACACAGAAUGGACACGACCUUCGAAAACUUAGGUAGUGAGGACUUGCUGUCAUCUAUCAUUCGAUAUGGAUUAUAUCUGGGAGCAAUCUUUCAAUUGAUCUGCAUUGGGGCGUGCAUUUUCCUGCCGAAUCCUUCGCCAAGCGGCAGUCAUGGGUUCAGUGAGAAUGGAGAGUGCAGCCCAGAGCAUUCGUCUUCACAAAAUACUCCGAAAAGGCCCCAUUUCAGGGUUCGUAAGCAGGACAAGAAGAAACGCCGGUAAACAGAUGUAUCGUCCUGGAUAGCACCUCAUAGCUGCAAUCUCGAAUAGUUAUUACAUUACUUGAUGGAGGAGCUGCAAUCUGCUGCAGAACACAAUGGUAUUGUCGCCUGUAGUUCGUACAUUCUUUUUAGUGUUAUAGGAAGGUAACUGUUGCCCAUUCUCUUCUGUGGAAUCUUUGGUGAUAUUUUAGACUUAAUUUUUGGUAACUUAUAAAUAAAUGUAUAGAAAGAAUCUG